ACUUUGUACGCCGCACACAGUACUACAAGUCCCAGAAACCCUUGCCGGUCACAGCUCGUGUGGAGCAAUAUGGCGUCUUCUUGAAGCGUACAUAAAUCGCAAGUGUUUUCUUGACAAGUUAUCAAGAUGGCAGCCGACUCGACAGAGAAGAAAGAGGCCGAAUCCUCGGCCUCCAAAGACCGGGAGAGGAAGCGCAGCCGUUCACGAGAACGCAAAGUCACGCCGCCACGCAAACCCAAUCGAAGCCGUGAAGUAAAUCGCUCCAAGUCCGCAGAAAGAGACCGACGCAUGAAAGACAAGGAUCGAGAUAAGGAGCGCGAGCGAGACAAGGACCGGGAGAGAAGCCGCAAGGACAGAGACGGCCAUCGCCGCGACAAAGAUCGCAGCAGGAGGUCCAGAAGUCUCUCGCCCAAGUCAAAGGAGAAACAAAAGAGAGACAAGGACAUUAAGACAGAAGAGGAAGAAAAUGAAAAAAAGAAGAAAGACAAGGUCCAACCUUUAUCUCUGGAAGAACUUCUCGCCAAGAAGAAGGCGGAAGAGGAAGCAGAAGCGAAGCCCAAAUUCCUCUCCAAAGCCGAGCGAGAAGCCGAGGCUCUAAAACGGAGGGAGCAACAGACGGAGGAAAGGAGGAAGUUGUUGGAAGAUGAGAGGAAAAAGAGAAGGAUGUUCCAGGAUAUGGGCAGAAAAAUGAUGGAGGACCCCCAAGAAAGGGAGAGACGUGAGCGAAGAGAGCGAAUGGAGCGAGAAAACAAUGGGAACGAAGACGAUGAUGGAAGACAAAAGCUCAGAGAGGAGAAAGAUAAGAGCAAGGAACUCCACGCCAUAAAGGAGCGUUACCUCGGUGGCCUCAAGAAGCGGCGGAGAACUCGACACCUGAAUGACAGAAAGUUUGUGUUCGAGUGGGACGCUUCUGAAGACACCUCUGUCGACUACAACCCGAUUUACAAAGAGAAGCACCACGUGCAGCUGUACGGGCGAGGCUUCAUCGCCGGCAUCGACUUGAAGCAGCAGAAGAGGGAGCAGUCGCGUUUCUACGGCGACCUGAUGGAGACGAGGCGCACGCUGGAGGAGAAGGAGCAGGAGGAGGUCCGACUGAAGAAGAUGCGCAAGAAGGAAGCGAAGCAGCGCUGGGACGACAGGCAUUGGUCUCAGAAGAAGCUGGACGAGAUGACGGACAGGGACUGGCGAAUCUUCAGAGAGGACUACAGCAUCACCACCAAGGGAGGAAAGAUCCCCAACCCCAUCAGGAACUGGAAGGAGUAUUCGCUGCCCGAUCACAUCCUGGAGGUCAUCGACAGCUGUGGCUACAAGGAUCCAACGCCCAUCCAGCGGCAGGCCAUUCCUAUUGGUUUACAGAACCGUGACAUCAUCGGCGUGGCCGAGACCGGUAGCGGUAAGACGGCUGCCUUCCUGAUUCCGCUGCUCGUCUGGAUCACCACCCUGCCGAAGUCCGACAGGAUCGAAGACUCCGACCAGGGUCCCUAUGCGGUGAUCCUUGCGCCGACUCGCGAGCUGGCGCAGCAGAUCGAGGAGGAGACCAUAAAGUUCGGCAAACCCCUCGGUAUCCGCACGGUGGCUGUGAUUGGUGGAAUCUCCAGGGAGGACCAGGGCUUCCGUCUCAGGAUGGGCUGUGAGAUUGUGAUCGCCACCCCCGGACGUCUGAUCGACGUGCUGGAGAACCGCUACCUGGUUUUAGGCCGCUGCACCUACGUGGUGCUGGACGAAGCCGACCGCAUGAUCGACAUGGGCUUCGAGCCCGACGUCCAGAAGAUCCUGGAGUACAUCCCGGUGACCAAUCAGAAGCCGGACACGGACGAAGCCGAGGACCCCGAGAAGAUGAUGAUGAACUUUGAAUCUGGGAAACAUAAAUACAGACAAACGGUCAUGUUCACCGCCACUAUGCCUGCCGCCGUGGAGCGACUGGCCCGCAGCUACUUGAGACGUCCCGCCGUGGUCUACAUCGGCUCUGCCGGCAAACCGCACGAGCGGGUCGAGCAGAAGGUGAUGCUGAUGUCCGAGGGAGAGAAGAGGAAGAAGCUGCUGGAGGUGUUGUCGCGUGGCUUCGAGCCUCCCAUCAUCAUCUUCGUCAACCAGAAGAAGGGUUGCGACGUGCUGGCCAAGUCUCUGGAGAAGAUGGGGUACAACGCUUGCACACUGCACGGUGGCAAAGGCCAGGAGCAGCGUGAGUUCGCUCUCUCCAACCUCAAGGCCGGAGCCAAAGACAUCCUGGUCGCCACAGACGUUGCUGGUCGAGGUAUCGACAUCCACGACGUCUCCAUGGUCCUCAACUACGACAUGGCUAAGAACAUCGAGGACUACAUCCAUCGCAUCGGUCGUACGGGUCGCGCCGGCAAGAGCGGCGUGGCGCUCACGUUCCUCACCAAAGAGGACGCGGCGGUGUUCUACGACCUGAAGCAGGCCUUCAUGGAGAGCCCGGUCUCCACCUGCCCGCCGGAGCUGACCAACCACCCCGAGGCGCAGCACAAGCCCGGGACCAUCCUCACCAAGAAGAGGCGCGAGGAGACCAUCUUCGCCUGAGGGCCCCGGAUUGUCGCCACCCUAGUUGGACUUGACACACACACCCCGCAGGGUCUCAGCCAUCCCUGUAUUGUUUUUUUGUUCGUUUUUUAGACUCGACUGGGAAGUUUGUCAUCGACAGGUGUGAAUAUUUCUACACCUUUAACGAUGCGUUAAACGUGAACUCACUGCUGCUGAAGCGAUGGCAUGAGUGAGCUUCAGCGUGUAGAUGCUGUUGUACUAGCUGUUGUUUUUAUUGACCAUAAUUACAGCUCCCUGACCAAGGCCUCGAGUGACGUUGAUUUUUCUUUUGCUUCAGAUGAAUCUUCUGACUAAAUUGUAAUGCGUCGUUUUAAACCUGAACAUUUGUAUGAAGUGAAUGCAGCAGCUUAGAGGGACGUCCGGCUCAUGAGUGUAUUCUAGCAAUGUGCUUAAUAAUAAAAUCUCAGGAUGCAGAUGAAGCGUUGAGAUCCUUAAACUUUAGCAAACUAAAAGCGCCUCGACUUUUUACGAGCAGGAGGCAUGUAGAGGUUUGAUUGAACUGGCUUAUUUUAAUAUGUGGCCAAUUUCUAAAACAAAGUACCAGAUUUUCACUGACAAAGCAUUUGCAUCACAAACACCCCAAAAGGCCAUGGUUUAUGGAUCUCAAUUUAGUUUAAUUUCAAGCCAUGUAAGCAAUUAAGGCGUUAAACAGAGUUCCACUCAUGCUGCCUGAAGUUUGAGUUUUUUGAGUUCUACGUUAAACUGUAUUUUCUUUUUCUUUAUUUUAAUGAGGGAUAAUUUUUCUCCCUUUUCUCACUGAUUUUUAAUUGUAGAUUUCAUGUGGUUGACUAAAUCUCAACAAAAAAAAAAUUACAAGGUUUUUGAGUGGUAAACUCUUGAUGGAACAAUAAUGCCUUUGUGGACUUUUCUUUUCAGUUUACAAAAACAUGUAGAGAGUGUUCAGGGCCCCUAAACCACCAAAGGGGCAGCGAU